AUGCUCGAGACCAUCACAGAGUGCCCCGAGGACGAGCAUACUCAAAACCAACCGAACCUCAAGUGGUCCACGCAGUACACUGGUGUUUUCAGCAAUAAGUCGUGCCCUUUUUAUCUCCUGACCCCGAGUGGGCUUAUCCGCGAGUUCAUCUUCGCAGGGAGCCUAUUCACAGGCAGCAAGGUCCAACAGAUGACCAUCUCCCAACCAAAUCGCCUCAAGGUAGUGCAGCCCGACAUACCCGACCAAGGGUACUGGCAAGACGGCAAUAUGAACAGCUUCAUCGUCUUUUACUUUCGCACGCUAUAUACUAUCUAG